GUUAACUAUACACGCGACGUGUCAAAUGGCAAACGAUUUAAUCAUCAAAGCAUUAAAAACGAAAUCAAACUCUCUUAAUUUGAGCUCGAGGAAAAUUACACAUCUUCCAGAGGUUUUUGCGCGGCUGACAUGGAUUGUUAUAUUAAAGUUGAAUAAUAAUUAUCUGUCGAGUUUGCCGUCUGAACUGAUGUGUUUGCAGAAGCUGACAGAGCUCAAUCUAGGAAAUAAUGUUCUUGAGGAGAUCCCAUCUGUGUUAAAACACCUCCAUUGUCUAAAUAAACUUUAUUUGUAUGGAAACAAAAUCAGCCAUUUGCCACCAGAGGUGCUGGAGGGUCUAUCAAACCUAGAGAUUCUCAAUUUGAACCACAAUAGAAUCAAAGUCAUUCCUGCAGAAAUAAAGAGGCUGUGUAGUCUAAAAAGCAUCAGUGUCACAGAUAAUCAUUUGCAGCAGAUUCCGGCUGAACUGGGCUUUAUGAAGAGUCUGACUGAGAUUAACUUCACUAAUAAUAAACUGACUCAAAUACCACAGCAGUUAUACAAUUUACCACAGCUAAGGAAAUUGUACUUGGCCCGAAACAAACUGACAGAACUACCAGAGGGCGCUCUCGGAUGGAAAAAUCUGAAGAUCUUGGAUGUUGCCGGAAAUUGUUUAUCUGUGUUUCCAGUUGGUUUUCAGUUUCUCACUUUGGAGGAACUGUUCUUUGAAGGAAACAAUUUAGUUCCAUUCACACUCAUGGAGUCCAUUCAAGAGAAAGAAGUCCUCUCAUUAAAGGAACUCUCAGCCAGGCUGAUCCUCCAGCAGAGCACUAAUAAAUUGUCAGUGGUGUCCAGAGCCCUACCAGCGUACCCAGAGCUGCAGGACAUGCUGUCUCACUGGGGCCAGUGUGCUCUGUGCUCACAGCCCUUCCUCACCACCUGGCUGGAGUGUGUUCAGUUCAUCAACACCAGAAAGCACAUGGGAAUGAAAAGCUCUCAGUCUGUUCCAGUCAGAGUUCUGCUUUGUUCCUAUGACUGCUUCAACAGAGAUGACCACCAGUAUUACGGGCUUGUACGAUUAUAAAUUAAAAAUGCAUAUUUUUACCUCAUGACUGCUCAUGAUAAUAUUUUCAAUCAGAACUUAUUAUAAAGAAUGAAUAGUUGAUGUUUUUGGGAUACACCAGCAGAUGGCAACAUUUGAUCACUGACGAUCUUUGAUCUGGCUGUCAGAUUGAUAUCUGCUGAAUUGAAUGGGUUUUUUUUUUCCUUGCAGCAUUUAGUACAUUUCUAUAUUAGAUACAAAUAUCAUGCACUUUAUCAUUUAUACUUUAGCUUAAAAAAUUAUAUUACAGUGAAAUAAAAUGUUUUAUUUUAAUCAUUUUUAAGUGCACAAUAUGACUAUUAUAUGUAGUCAUUAUACAUUUCCUCCUGAGAAGUCAUUUUUAAGUAAUAUGAAGAAUUUCGCCACAGGCUAUGCCGAAAUGUGAUAUUUUUUCCAUUCACAUUUUCCCCCUUUCUACAGUCUGACUUUACUCUUGCCAUUAUAAUCCCCAACAAUGAAAGCACUCCAUACCUACCCUCUGUUUGGGCCAAUGGCAUCUGUUCUAACCUGAGAGGAAACUUCAUCUCUCCAAAUUAAUUUCUCAUGCAGGCCUCCUGAGCUCAGAGCAGAGUCUACCGAGUUGGGCCUGAUGAAUAAUGCAGCAGGUUUAAUUGCAAAGCCAGAAACUAAUGACUUUGGACUGGUUAACAGCAGGGGAACCAUACAUCUCUGCAAACUGAAUGAAAAAUCAGUUCAGAAAAAAGAAGGGGGGGAGAAAACGCUAAUUGAUGAAUAAUUAAAGCUUGAGCUACAGGGCAUAAUUGUGACAUUUUGUUUCAAUCAAUUUAGAAGUGCGGGGAAAAGUGCACUUAGGAAACUAAUGGUGACUGUGUGGAUGUCCACUGAAAAGUGCCACGAGACUCAGUCAUUUAUUAUACAGCCCUCAGUCAAGCUCAGCCAUUAUUCCAGAGCAGUUGCCUCAAUUUCCAAGCGAUUGUGCACUUGGCGGGCGUUAAUGCGCCUCACAAAUGGUAUAUGGACUCCCCUUGAAAGGAGGAGAGGAGAUAGUGUAAACAAGUCUGUUUCGGUCUGAUGUUACUAAAUUACUUUCUUUGAGGCAAAUGCACCAACAAGCAGAAAGCUGUCAGGAGAGCCGCCCGCUCGGCCAUGAUAAGACUGUAUUGCAUUCAAACGUCAGCAAAAUCAAUCAGCCAAAAGACAAGGCUCUCAAUAUAGCACUUCCCGAACCAUCCGCUGUAUUACGAUCACAACCGUCUUUGUAAAUCAUCAAGAGUACAUAAGGAUCUUUUGGUUAAUGCUUUCCCACAUUGAUGAAAAAGCAAAUGUGAACAACUUUGAACAUACAUUUCCCUGAAAUGUUGACCCAACUAGCUCAAUAGCUGUUGUCUGAAUGAACAAUUUCAUAUUGAAGGAUGUUUCUGAUUUCAGGCUCCCAGCGUUCGGUGAUGCAUGAAUAAAUUAAGCUGUUACCAUUAA